AUGCAAGCAAUGAGCGCCGCGAAUCUGGUCAUAGAGAUCAAAGCUCGAUCGUUACCAUCGUCGUUGACUUCACAGGAUACCACACAUCCUGCCCGCCUAGCAUGGGCACUUGACCUCUACGCGCCGGGCGGAACAAGGGUACGCAGCAUAACAGUGAAGGAUCCUGUUCAUGGUGAGCAACGCCGUCUCUGCCAUUGGUAUCUCGAGGAGCAUGUCCAAAAAGUUCCUUAUUCAGUCGGCCUUGCCAACGACGCGAGGGCGCUUUUAGAGGAGUAUCCGAGACGGCUCUGGCGGGAGCUACACCUGGUAGAUGUUAUAUCUGCUUGUGGAAUCACGCAACAGGAAAGUCCAAAGCUGCUCACGCUUCAAAUAAGCGAUAAAGAAUACCCCAGUGCAGAAUCGAAGAACACCGUUCACCAGCUCUUCUGGGAAACUCUAGAGUAUCUAGAUUCUAUCAUUACAUCUGGAUGGAAAGUCGUUGUGGAGCGACACCUUUCUCCAGUGGAUAUCCCUGGAUCCCUGACGACGCGAGUGCGGUCACGGGGGUCGAAGGAAGAGAAUAUAGUCAGAGUCAAUGUCCUUCUCGUUAUUGCGAGAGACACGUCGAGGAAUCCCGAGACCUACAGUGAUGUCCGCCCCUUCCUGGCUUGGGGAGCGCUCAACCAAGUUCAAAACGCCCUGGAUGCAAACGGAGGCCCUCUGAAGCUCCAUGUGGAAAUAGCUCGUCCAGGCACCUUUGGCUCAUUUAAAGAACAUUUGCGACGCGCGAAAGAAACUCAUGGUCCUGGGUACUUCCAAAUAGUUCACUUCGAUCUUCACGGUGCGGUGAAAACCGUGGCUGGCAAGAAGGUUGGCAUUCUCUAUUUUAACAAGGAAAGGUCGACCAGAACCAGACCAGUCCCAGCGUCAAGUAUUGCUCGAGUGCUGAAGGAGUAUGAAGUCCCACUCGUCAUAAUGAAUGCUUGCGACUCAGCGAGAGCGGAAAGCGGCGAUGAUGCGAAUAUUGCCAACGUUUUUCACAGAAAAGGCAGUGCGCGAAAUGUGCUGGCCAUGUCGUUCAAGAUCUCCAGCGCCGCCGUGGAUCUUUUCUUGACCAUCUUUUAUCAAUCGCUUCUUGUCGAUAAGUUGGCAUUUGCUGCUGCGGCGAGAAAGGCGCGACGGGUGCUAAGAAUCAAUAUGCUGCGCCCAGCAAGGUUUGGGGUGCAACGAGAACUUCUGGACUCAUUUGUGCCUGUGCUCUAUGGGGCCGGCGACGGCUGUGUCUGCGUCGAGGACAGUCCACAGGGAGAGAAUCCCUCAGCGGACGCCGCUUCCCUUCCCUCGGCCUUUGCAGCCCAUUUGGUAGCCUAUCCUGUAACGCCCGUUGGUCGAGAUUUUGAUAUCUUACGCUUGGAGAAAGUGCUCUGUGAAAGGCAAGUUGUCUACCUCCACGGACUUCCAGGAGCGGGUAAAACUUGCCUCCUGCAAUAUGUUUCCGCGUUAUGGCAACAGACGCGUUUUGUCGAUGCUGUAGUCACGGUUGACCUGGUUAAGGAGAAGAUAGACUCUGCAGCUGACUUCGCAGACCUUGUCUUAAAUCAGCUACUACAAAACUACGCCCAGGUGGAGAGAUCAAGCUUAUGGAGCAUCCGUUCCAUGAAUCUUCAAUCACACGAUCUUGAUGCGACCAAAAAGAUCAUAUCUAGAAUACUUGAUACAUGCAAGGUUAUCCUCAUUAUUGACGGGCUGGAUAUGUUGUCUUCUCCUUUCCGUGUUCCUCUUACGCUUGGCUCACGUCGUGUUGGCGCUUCGCCCCAAGAGGUUUUUGAUGUAGUCAAGUCAAUGUUUUUACUUGAUAUGGCCGACGAGCGUGAGACUAGAAGCCGCUUGAUUCUAGCUGGUCGUCGUCCCGAUCACGAAUGGUUGAAGGGUUUCUUAGGCCCACUGACCAAUGCCCAGAGCUAUGAGCUGCAAAAUCUCGAGCUGGCAGACAGCAUCGAGCUGUCCCAAAAGAUCCUUUGUGAGGCAGGCGAAGACAUCUCUAAAUGGGAGUCUGAGGAUUUUGAUUUUCUUGAAGCCAUCAUCGACCUGUUACAGGGUGUCCCACUCGCCCUUAAGGAUAUUCUGCCAAUUCAGCAAGUGCUCUUGGUACCGUGGCGAGAGUUCUACGACCGACUACACAGUGGUUUAUUCAAUUCCUUGUCAGACUUGAGGGAUUUUGGACCGUACCCUCUUGUCGCCGAACUUGACUACAUCUCUGCGGAGCUUCCGCCCGAUGUGUUCAUGUUUUUCUUACUGUUCAGCUUGUACUGGGGACAAAGCGCUCCUCUACAUGCAUUCGAAAGGCUCUUUUUGGCCUCCACAACAAAGGAAGUGAGCACUCGUCAACGAGAGGAACUUGAGUCAGAGAGGUUUUCUAAUUGGGCGGGGCCUCUGCUAGGCUUCGCUGUGGAUCGUGGAUAUUUGCGUCUUGACUUGAGCUCUAAUAUCGCCUGGGUCCACCCACUGUUCAGCAUUUACGGUCGAGCUUUUAUACCGAAAUUCAAUCCCCAUCUACAGCAUCCUUGGAUGCGAGAACUCGUCUUGAAGUCAAUCCAAUUGAUACUGUUUACAUUCAAAGAGUCGCAAAUAUCGCCAACAGAUGAAAAUGCCCCUGACUGUUGCUUGAAAGCUACCAAAUACGGCGGCGACGCAAAUGUGCUUACUUGCAUCAAGCUGGGACUUGAGCUUUCGUCGACGAUGGAUGUUACCCAUUGGCCGAUCCACUUUCUUCAGAGCUAUAUCAGAGACCAUGCAUUGCCGAUUUAUGCAGCCCAAAGCUUUCUGGACUUUCUGAGCCUGUGCGUGGGGAAAUCGAGCACGACAUCCAGCCUUCGUUCCUCACCGUUGAAGUUCUGCAUCGAGGCAGUGUUUUGUCUUGUGGGGAACACGCGGCUGUCCUUUUGGAUACGUAAGCGAGGUGAACAGAUCACGCUUCUAUGCAUCAGCAUGCUGCAAGAAUUGGGCCGAUACCGCGAGUAUGAUUGUGACCCCGACGUCACGAUGUCCCAGUUAUUACUAUUAUCUGUUUUGUGGGAAUAUAGAGAUGCGCUUGGCUGGCUUACCGAGUCUUUCGAUGCAGCUGGAUUGGCCAGUGAUAUCAAGAAAGAUAUACUCAACAACCGACAAGAAAUUAUGGAGCGGAUCGGGAAGACGGCGAUGGUCAAUCAUGCAACAGAAUCGAAAGAAGGGGGAUCCUCACCAAUCCUACAAAACUUGUCCCAGACAGAAUCCUUGAGACAGGAUCUUGACAUGUUGAUACAAUCCCUCGAGGAAAUCAAAUCUCCAAAAUGGUGCCCGGCACUGGACGAGGAUAUGCAGAAAGAAAGCCAUGGCGGCUCUAGCGACGGUGAUCGAUUCAAGAAGCUAAUAAACACAUACACACUGGGUGCUGCACGGGGCGAUCUUGAAGAACUCUCGCGCGGCGGGCCCUUGGACGUAGAAUGUGAUGUCCCAAGUAAAGGCGAUCUUCCUUCUCCGACUCUCCAAGGUCUUGAAGACGCUACAGACACGGGCGACUGGAACGAAGUAUUCCAUCACCAUAGCAAGCUGUUAUUCACUGCAAUUGACAAUAUGAAAUUUCACGAAGCCGACCAGCAUAUCAAUGCCAUUCGUCACAUUUGCAAGAUGACGGGCAAUCUUGCCAUACUAGGCCCGAGUUUGGACGGCUUGAAGGAGACGGUGGACCAGCAGCGAGCUUCUUUUCAAUUAUCGCUUAGCUUAUUACCGUCCCUAGAAGGUGGGCACAGAGAGGGUUCUAUACAAAUAGAGAGGGAACUGUUGUCUUCCCGAGCUGAUGCAGCCCCUCUGCACGCCUUCCUCGCAAACACCUGGUUCAAUAGGAUCGAAGCAGAGGAGGGCAGCGGUGGAUAUAUUCCAUCCCUAUCGCGUGAAAAGAUGCUCAGACUGGUGCAAAGACACGCAAAGCGGUUUAGGAACCCUCAUGAUUUACGGGCUAUGCAAGGCCAGCUAGAGAGUUUCCUCGAGACCAUGAUGUCUGUCAAGCACGCGGUGGCAGAGAGAGAAUUCACAGCUUGCUUCGCGCACCUUGGUAAUCUAGAACAGAUGCUUGAGAAAGACGAAUAUUUGUACGGUCUUUUUGAGGGAGUCGAUUGGAUAGAGAGGAUUCGCCAGAAAUGCCAGAAAAGGGAGUUCCUUGUUGAUCGUAUAUAUGCCCAGACUGCAGCUAUCAUUGAUGGAGACUUCAAUCGAGCGUAUUCUAUUAUCGAUGAGAUCUCAAGUCUUGACCCGACUGACUUCCCAGUUGAAUUGAGCCUGGACCAAGUCAGUACUAUGCUGCGCUCCUCGACUGAACUUGAGUAUCUCACGCGGGAGAUAGAGGAUGCAAAGACCUUGAAUGACGCCAAUAAAGUGAGAGAGUUGAACACGGACUACAUGGACAAAUGGAAAAAGAAUAAACCGGCGCACAUUGAAGAAGUAGAGAUCUUCAUUGCCCAGAAUCUGAACUGGUUGAUCCAGGAGUCAAUGGAUAACCUGCGAUGGCAAGAGGGGCUCAAGCUUUGUGACGAGGCCUUGGAGUACUACAUCUCAUCGGACGAGGAGUCCCUGCUAAAGUGCAGUCUGUUCCAAAACCUUAGAGAGAGUUGUGAAGCUGGGCUCGUUAAUCAAUCACUGGCCGAAGCAUAG